AUGUCCCUGCCUCCCCAGACCAUUCAGAUCAAGCGCAAGAGGGGCGAGGGCGAAGAUGACCAAGCCCCCUCUUACCUCCGCGUGGAGGAGAAGCGACGCCAGAGUGGCAACUUCAUCUACCAACGAAGAGACCUAGCAGACCAGGCGAAAGGUCCAAACCGUCCCCGCCGAGACCUCAAGCCCGUCAUCCACUCGUCCAAGCCAGGUGACGAACUCAUCCCACUCGAACGAGUUAAGGCAGCCUCUCGAGCUGGCAAAGAUGUGUCCACAGCGGUGCCGGAGGCCAAUGGCCCGCCGAAGUCCCCUGCGUCGUCCGGCUCUGCCCUCGAACCCCGACGAUUCCACAUGUCGAGAAACGCGAUAGUGCCUCGUCCGGCCCUAAGCUCUGGUAUCAGCAAGAAGUCGCGGCAUUCAUCCCCGGCUAUCUUCGUCGAGCGCAGCCGGAAGAGAAAGGUUGCCGAUGCCGUGGAACGAGAAAUGGCGCGGGGCGCCUCCGCAAUGGACGUGGAGGUAACUCCGCAGCGGCUGCCGAAGCGACCGGGCGCAGACAAGAAGCAGCCCUCAGCUCCUCAAAAACCCACCGACAAGGCGAAGUCGGGCUUGCCGCCGUCUCUCAUGCAUCGAUGGACCGUGGACCAGGAUCAAUUCGUCCGAGAGAUGGAGGAGUUCACCCUGCAAGAGAUUGGGCGCAACAUCGAUAGUAUGAACCAACAGAGCAAAGCUGAACCACCUGCAUCGAAGCAAGGCCCGACGUCACCCCAAGGGAUGAAGUUCAAGCCGAAAGCGCCUCUCAAGAGAUAUGCUGAGCGCCAUCCCGAGGUUGCUGCCGCUGCCAAGCAGACGAACAAGGAUGUCGACAUGGAUAUUGAGGAUAGCGACAUCGACGAGGACGACUAUGUCAUUGAGACGUACAUCCGUGUUCCCGCUACAACCCUGGGUGAUGCGGUACCUCCGGAGACAAUCGGUCUGCUAGUUUUCGGCACAGAACAAGAUGUCGAGUUCUUCUACGGAAACGAGGAUGACAGUGAUGAUGACUGGGCCGAAGACGAUGAGGAUGAGAACGCCGAGGAUUACUACACGGCAGAUUAUCCAGAUGAUGAAGUCGCCUCCGACGAUGAAUACGGUCGCGAUCCCUAUCACUAUCGCAACGGCAAUGCUUCAGAUCUUGAAGAAUUCGACGAAGACGCCUACGCCAUCGAUGACCAGGAUGAACCCAGCCAAUUCAGACAGUACGUUGGUCGCCGACCACCACAGCAACGCUCCGAGGACGAGGAUAUGAUGGCACUGUAG